GAGAGAGAGCAGAGAUUCCAAAGAAAUUUGGCAAUGGCGGCUUCUGCUUCGACGAGCUUUCUCUCCACGCCUGCUCUCCGGAAGUUGCCUCCAUGCUCUCUUUCAUGUAAGCUCCCUCUCUCCGACGCCUUCGGCGUCUCCGUCUCGCUCCGCCGCGGCAGACGCGCCGGCCCGUCCUUCGUGGUGCUGGCAAUGGACGCUAAGCCGACGGUCCUCAUCGCCGAGAAGCUCGGCGAGGCGGGGUUGAAGCUGCUGAAAGAAGUUGCAAACGUCGAUUGCUCCUACAACUUGAGUCCCGAAGAGCUCUGCACCAAGAUCUCGCUAUGCGACGCCUUGAUCGUCCGCAGCGGCACGAAGGUUACCCGAGAUGUGUUCGAGGCGUCGGCCGGCCGGCUCAAGGUUGUCGGACGCGCUGGCGUCGGUAUCGAUAACGUGGAUCUGGCGGCGGCCACUGAGUUCGGUUGCCUUGUGGUUAAUGCUCCGACGGCAAACACCGUUGCGGCAGCUGAGCACGGCAUCGCGCUUCUCGCUGCCAUGGCUCGGAACAUUGCGCAGGCUGAUGCAUCUAUUAAAGCCGGGAAGUGGCAACGGAACAAAUAUGUAGGGGUGUCGCUUGUUGGAAAAACACUUGCUGUGAUGGGUUUUGGCAAGGUAGGAUCAGAAGUUGCCAGGCGCGCCAAGGGGCUUGGUAUGCAUGUGAUUGCUCAUGAUCCGUAUGCUCCAGCAGACCGUGCCCGAGCUAUAGGUGUAGAGCUUGUUAGCUUUGAUGAAGCUAUAGAAACUGCUGACUUCAUCUCACUUCACAUGCCUCUCACUCCUGCUACAUCAAAGAUUCUCAAUGAUGAGACUUUUGCAAAGAUGAAGAAAGGAGUUAGAAUUGUCAAUGUUGCUCGGGGGGGAGUAAUUGAUGAAGAAGCUUUGGUGAAGGCACUCGAUGCUGGCAUUGUUGCUCAGGCUGCACUUGAUGUUUUCACUGUAGAGCCACCGCCAAAAGAUAGCAAAUUGGUACUACAUGAACAAGUUACUGCGACUCCACAUCUUGGUGCCAGUACUAUGGAAGCUCAGGAAGGGGUGGCAAUUGAAAUUGCUGAAGCUGUUGUUGGAGCCUUGAAAGGGGAACUUGCUGCUACUGCAGUGAAUGCACCAAUGGUUCCUGCUGAGGUGUUAGCAGAGCUGAAACCGUUUGUUGAACUUGCUGAGAAGCUUGGUCGACUAGCUGUCCAAUUAAUAGCAGGUGGGAGUGGUGUUAAAUCUGUAAAAGUGACGUAUGCUUCUGCCAGGGGUCCUGAUGACCUUGACACAAGACUGCUUCGAGCCAUGAUCACUAAGGGCCUGAUUGAGCCUAUAUCCAGCGUUUUUGUAAACUUGGUGAAUGCAGAUUUCACUGCUAAACAGAGAGGUAUUCGGAUUGCUGAAGAACGGAUCAUACUAGACGGUUCACCAGAAAGUCCCCUUGAGUUCAUCCAGGUUCAGAUUGCAAACGUAGAGUCAAGAUUUGCCAGUGCAAUGUCAGAAAUUGGGGAGAUCAAAGUAGAGGGACGGGUGAAAGAUGCCACUCCACAUUUGACAAAGGUUGGAUAUUUUGAUGUUGACGUGAGCUUGGAAGGUAGCCUUAUUCUCUGCCGACAGGUUGACCAGCCUGGUAUGAUUGGGAAGGUGGGAAGCAUUUUGGGAGAGGAGAAUGUCAAUGUGAGUUUUAUGAGUGUCGGGAGAAUUGCUCCGCGGAAGCAAGCGGUUAUGGCCAUUGGAGUGGAUGAACAGCCUAGCAAAGAGGCGUUAAAGAGGAUCGGGGACAUUCCAGCUGUGGAAGAAUUUGUUUUCCUCAAGUUGUAGCCUGUUCAACUUAUCCACCAUACUACCUACGUAUUUCGUUUGUGCCAAUUUUGAGGACCCAUCUAUGUGUCAUGUAGUAGCUUAAAGGUGAGGCAGAAACGAUUCGGCUGUGCAAUUAUGAGGGUUUCUUGUGGAUUUUGGAACAUUUAUCGUAUCCUGAACCAAUAAAAGAAUAAGAAAAAAAAAAUCAGCAGGUUACGUGAUUUCUUCCU